CUUUCAUAGCGGCGACUUCAAAUGGACGAACAAUGUUAAUUGAUAUUCAAGAUGAUAUAGCACCUUUAUUUACUGAUUCUAUUCACAAUGACGUAUCACCAAAUAAUGUCAAAUAUGAAAUUAUUAUAGUUUUACAUAAUCUUUUAUGUAUCAAUACUGAUAUUCGACUUAGUUUUAUGAAUUCCAUUUCUAUUGGAUCAGCUUUGGUUCAAUAUAUGAGUACACCAGUUACUGCUAAUGAAGCUGAAACAUUUCUUGCAGUUUUUAUUGCAUUAGCAGAUGCAGAAAAAGAUCUUUAUGGUAUUGCAAAAGCCAUGGAAUUUGAUCCUGAUUAUUAUUCAUCUAUUGUUGCUUGUCAACCAUUAAUUGCAAAGAUAAAAGAAAAUUUCCAAGCUGUAUAA